AUGGCCGCCAGCAUGUCCCUGGAUGUGGGAGCCGUGCGGUGUCGCGACAUCAAGCUAGGGCAGUCGUCCUUCACGAGGAGUGCGGAAUUUGCGAGCGCCGUUAAGAUGCCGUUGAACGCAGCAAGCACCCGGAGAUCCAACGGCUGUCGGCUGUCGCUGCGUGCGGCGAUGAUGGAGACGCCGCCGGUACCGAUGAAGAGCCACGAGGAGCGAAACCUGUACGUCCCAGUUCCUAUACAUCUCCCUCCGUCGUCUCUACUCUCCAUUCCCCGCAGCCCACACUUCGAGCAGUUCACGGCCAGCGUCCCAACUCACACUAUUGUAUCCCCCCCUCCCCUCCUCCCAACCCCUUUCUCCAACGACUUUUUUCUUUCCCUCUGCCUCCGUUCCAGGCCGCACAUUGAGCAGAUCAAGGCGCUCUCGCUCAUAACGGCCAUCAAGACGCCGUACCUGCCGGAUGGCCGCUUCGACCUGGACGCGUACGACGAGCUGGUGCAUCACCAGAUCGAGAACGGUGCAGAGGGGUUGAUCGUGGGCGGGACCACGGGCGAGGGGCACCUGAUGAGCUGGGACGAGCACGUGAUGCUGAUCGCGCACUCGGUGUACUGCUUCGGGAACAAGCUCAAGAUCGUGGGCAACACGGGCAGCAACAGCACGCGCGAGGCCAUGCACGCCACGGAGCAGGGCUUCGCCGUGGGCAUGCACGCCGCGCUGCAGAUCAACCCCUACUACGGCAAGACGUCGCUGGACGGACUCCGGAGCCACUUUGAUGUGGUGCUGCCAAUGGGCCCUGCCAUUGUGUACAACGUGCCGGGCAGAACGGGGCAGGACAUUCCUCCCUCAGUCAUUGAGGCCAUUGCCACACACGAGAACUUUGCCGGGGUGAAGGAGUGUGCGGGCAACGACCGCAUCGGCGGGUACGCACAGAAGGGCAUUGUGGCGUGGAGCGGCAACGAUGACCAGUUCCAUGAUGCGAAGUGGAACCACGGCGGUCAAGGUGUCAUCUCCGUCGUCAGCAAUCUCGUUCCAGGACUCGUGACCCAGCUGCUCAAGGGCCCUAAUCCAGAGCUGAAUGCGAAAAUUGCUCCUCUAGUGAACUGGCUAUUCGUGGAGCCGAACCCCAUUGGUCUCAACACUGCACUGUGUCAGCUGGGGCUCGUGAGGCCAGUCUUCCGCCUGCCAUAUGUGCCGCUGAAUAAGGAGAGCCGGCAGAAGUUUGUGGACAUUGUACAUGAGAUAGGGUUGGAGCACUUCCCAGGGGCCAAGGAUGUUCGGGUGAUGGAGGAUGAUGAGUUCCACAUCAUCACGCGGUUUUAUUAG